UAAUUGUCUAUGACACAUCAUGGCUGCUCACUACGGAUGGAAAUCAGUGCGGCUAUAUUUUCUUCAUUUCUGUUUAUUGUAGCCGGUUUUAAAUGAGAAAAUAUACAUUGUCUUAUAACAAAUAAUGUAAGUCAAUGUGUGUAAUAUAAAUUUUGGCGUAUACUGAAGAUGCCAGUUAAUUCUUUGUUGGAAAAUAAAAAAGGUGUUGAGAAACCGAAAUUAUCGCUGUCCCUCAAUAGAAAUAAUGCUUCAAAUUUGCGCAAGGAAAACAAACCUGCGAGUUUAAAGAUUUUCAUUUGGCCCGAUUCUAAGAACAAUAAAGAGAAUAAACCAGCGAAAAGGUCUUUGAAAGACACGUAUAAUAAUACACUACAAGCCGCUAAAAAGCUAAAGCCUCUGACAGACGUGCCUAAGGUUCAAGAGUGUGAGCUGGUAGUAGAGGUGCCGUUAGGGAACUUUGCCAUGUUGAAUGGCCACCACCCAUCAGACAACCAGUAUGGAGGGAGUGCACAGUGGAAGGCGCCUAUCGCCACUCUCUCCAACCUUGGGAAUACAUGUUUUUUGAACAGUGUGCUUUAUACUCUAAGAUAUGCACCCCAGUUUGUACACAACCUCCACCACCUAGUGUCGGACCUGAGCCGGGUGGAGCAGAAGCUGGGCAGCAUCAGGCUGAAGAGCUCGUCGCUGGGGCGAAGCGCUGCAGGACUAGCAGCGUCCGGCACCAGGUCGUGGAGCAGCAAGGACUUGCUGUCACUGGGCCAGGCAGACACUAGUGCCACUAAGAGCAAGAUACAGAUAGCAACAGAGAAGCUCCACGAGACGUACCUGAGCCUGCGCGUGGCGGAGAGCAAGUGCCUGCACAGCGGCGCCGACGCAGCGCCGGAGCCCUACGCCGCGGACUCCUUCCUCGCCGCGCUCAGGGAGGUCAACUCCACAUUUGAAGGCAACCGUCAGCAGGACGCGCACGAACUGCUGGUAUGCAUCCUCGACAGCAUACGAGAAACGUGCCGGGCGCUCAGCGCGCGCGCCUUGCGACUGCAGCUACAGGAGAAUGGCGACAGCAAUGGUAUAGGUCGCCAACCGACCCUAGUAGACGGAGACGGUGGUAAAACACUUGGCAACUUUCGCAAAUCUUGGAAGAAACGCAAGGAAGUCAAAGUUAAUGAGAAACGCAACUCGCCUUCAGAAGAGAGGCCGCCUUCGCCAGAUCCAGAGAAAGACGAACGAGCAAGACCUGGAUGGGACUUUGUUGCCGAUGACUUUGAGGGCACAAUGGUAGUACGGACGAUGUGCCUGGAGUGCGAGGCGGUGACGGAGAAGGCGCAGGCGGUGUGCGAGCUGUGCGUGCCCGUGAGCGACGAAGACGCCACCGACGAGUCGUUCCGCUCCGCCUGCCUCUCCAGCGAGUACCUGCGCGACCAGAACAAGUACUGGUGCGAGCGCUGCCUGCGCUACAACGAGGCGCGGCGCAGCGUGGCGUACUCGCGGCUGCCGCGGCUGCUGGUGCUGCAGCUGAAGCGCUUCAGCGGCGGCAUGGAGAAGAUCACGCGCCACGCGCCCACGCCGCUGCUCAUGCCGUGCUUCUGCGAGCCGUGCGCACGCCGCGCGCCCGACCAGGAGCCCGCCCACAAAUACAUCCUGUGGGCGGUGAUAAUGCACCUCGGUCAGACGCUCACGGGCGGGCACUACGUGGCGUACGCUCGGGACAGCUCGCAGGCGGACACCAAGUGCGAGCGCGAGGGGGGCGGGGACGCGUCCGCCGCCAACAGCGGCUCCAGCUUCAUGCGGACACUCUUCAACAGGCCCAGGCCUUCGCCCGCAGGUUGUACAGCAAACGAGUGUUGCGUCCCCCGACCAAGGCCGGAAGCGUGCUGGCUUGCCUGCGACGACGACCUAGUCAAACCCAUAUCCAACGAGGAGUUUGAGGAUCUCCUCUCCGCUGAACCCAAAAUGAGGUCAGCGGCCACCCCAUACCUCCUGUUCUAUGUGAAGAGUGAAGUCGGCUAGUGCAUUGUUUCUCCACAAAGAAAACACUUGACUAGUACCUUGAUGACCUGUGUGAGACCAGUGCUGUUGUAAUUUGUUCGAGGACUAUGAAGUGAGGGUAGUUUUGAAAAUAUUAUCGACUAUAGUGCGAUAUAAAAGAGUAGAUGUUAAUAAAAAUGGAACUAACAAACACUACAUUUACUGUCAUUAUUAAAAAGAUCUGUCACUAUAGAGCAACCAAUCAACAAAUCAUAGUGGAAACUCGGAUUACAUUAAAUAUCAUUUAUUUUGAUGAAAUUUACUUUUUGUUUUAAAUUUAAUAAAUAUAUAUCAUGAAAUCAGCUAUUUUAGUGCCCAUAAUGUUUACUUCGCGGCUAGAUAGUGAUUUAAAUUUAUAUUAAAUGGUAAAUUAUAAUUUUCGUCAUAAUAUAAUCUUAUUUAAAAAUAAGAACAUGAUAUUAUUUAGGUAUAGAACAAAAUAUUAAUUAUUAUCAAGUAUCAAGGUAGUUGCUGUAUCACCCUACCCUAUACCCUAUAAACGACAAUAGGUGACAACAGCGCCCUCAUUUAUAUUCCACUCUUUUGUGUCGCACUAUAUGUAAGCUUUUUGUAGGUUAGAGGUAAGAGGAACCUUACUAUGGGUAUGAAAAAGUGUACGUCAGAAUGUGAUACAUUUGGCGCCACUGUAGCUAUAGAGCGUAGACAGAGAAGUAAAUAGACAAAUGAGUGACAUGCCACACACGUGACGUCAAAUGAUUGUGAACUCAAAAGAUAUACUUGGCGGAAUUAUUGCGAAACAAUCGCAGUACAAAGUACCAUAGACAAGAAAGAAGACAAAAGAUAUACGAUUUUGACUUCCCUAUACACUACACUGAAUCUUUUUACAUUGAACAUGAUUUAUCAAUAAUAAUAACAAAGUAGUAAUAUUUUGAUUUUCCUUUAGACUGCACUGAAACUUUUUACACUGAACGUUUUUAUUAUCAACAAUAAUAAUGAAAGCUGUAUUUUCAGGGCAACAUUAUGUUUAUUUUAUAGUUAAAAAUAUAAUCUGUAUAAAUUGUUGCAAACGGCACGUGUCAUAACACCAAGACCCAAGUAUUAUCAACUGGUCUUGUCUCAUUUAACGUUUUCAUUUAUUGUUUAUGGACAACCCAUAUUCGGCUCACUGCUGAGCACGAGUCACCUCUCAGAAUGAGGGGUAAGGCCAAUAAUCCAUCACGCUGGCCCAAUGCAGAUUUGCAGACUUCACACACAUAGAGAAAUAAGAAAAUUCUCAGGUAUUUAUUGUUACUUAAACUUAAUUACUUCUCUGUCUAUUCUAUGUCUAGCACCAUUAAGACGGAUUUUUGAAGUAACAAUUUCCAUCUGUACACUAUUUCAAUAAUUCAUCCAUACAACUUGUUUCUUCUUUCCUCUACCCUCAUAAUUACUCUUCUUUUAUUUGCUGACACAAUUUGAAUAAUCGAUUACUUUUGUAUUUGAGAAAAUACAUAUGUAAAUGAAUAAUUUAUAAAUUGAAUUUAUUCAUCAUCUUUCAAGAAAUCAUUGUCAAAAAUAUUUUGUGCUUUUAAUAUUAUGUAAUAAAUUGAUUGGACAAUAAAAGACAUUAAUUAAUAUUUAUUUGUCAAGGACACUCUUAAGAGUAGCUCAUUACAGCGAGGCGGGAAAUUGUGAUUUCAAUAGAGGACAGACUUUUUUUUGUAUCUGUGUGUAUUCACUCAGUUUAAAAGUUCAAUGUAAUAAAACAUAUUGGCAUAUUAUUCACAAUUCUGAUCCUUAUUAUCAACUUAUUAAAAUAAACAUCAAAUCAACAGAGAAAUGUCAUCUACCUACUGUAUGAUAUCCACCAGUAGGCACCGGAUGACAUUUGUUACAUUGAACCUCAAUUUCGCAACUAACAUACGCCAAAGCUAGUGAAUUAGCCUCCUGGUUAUUUAGCUUUUAUCAUAUCAUUAUAGUUUUGUAAUGUCCACAAUCAAUAGAUUGUAGUAGAUCGAUUGCUGCAUAGCUUUAAUGAACUAUGACCUUUAGACUAUCUCUUUAGUUUUUUCCCGAUUUUUUGUGUAUGAAUGUAUGUAAUUGUAUGAAUACAUUGAAUUAGUAUUUUUGACAUAAUAUCGAAAUCCCAUGUGUGGGUUUUCAUAAUAUUAACACAGUGGUCGCGCAUUCCCAGUAGCUCUGAACAAAUCUAUAUGUAUAUUGUACAUAAAUAUGUUUGUUGGUAUAUUACCAAUGGUGUUUCCUACUCACACAACUCUUCAGUGAUGUAGCAAUGUUUAAAUGGUUUUGUGAUGUAGAGGAUUUUUCGAACUUGUGUUUGUCCAUACAUUUUUGUUUGUGAUGCUUAAAAAGACAAUUUAUAGGAGGCAAUGUAUGUGUCAGCCUGAAGUGAUAUUAUGAAUGUAGCGAAAAAAAAAAUGUAUUAAAAACUAGAGUAUUACAAAGUCUAUCAAUAGAUAUUAUAUUGUAAAGCAUAAAUAUAUAGCAAUAUCACAUUUAUCGCGUGUUGAAAUCGGACAAUAUGAAGUAAAGGUAUUUAAGGGAAAACUAUAAUUUUUUGAAAAAUUUGUACCUUCCAAUUGUUUAACAAAAGAAAUAUAUAUAUAUAUAUAAACCAUUGUUAAAUGCAUCAAAUAUAACGAAAAUGUACACAUUGCUAAAAUACUUCUAAUAUAAAUGACAAUAUGGCCUAAGUACUUCUUGUAAUUACUAACCCUGUCAUAUAAAUGUUUAUUAUUCUAUACAUGUAAUAAAAGAGAAAUUAAUGUGUCUGUAUGUUAAUGAUUAAUACAAAAACAAAAUUUUAAAAUGUCUUUUGAGUGUUAAAUUGUAGUAUCCAUGCUUAAAUGUAACACUAUUUGAAGUGUAAUAUUAGACGAAUAAAGUUGUAUGUAAACAAACAUUACAGUAAUUGAUAGCAUGAGUUUUUUUUAUGUACUUAAUAAAAAAAAUAUUUAAAAGGUCUCAUAUAAUGUAAAGGAAUACUUCUUUGUAUGUGGUUGUGCAGUCAUUUUAAUAGGGUAGUUGACUCAAAUCAAAUUUAAUAUAAACAAUAUUAAUUUCGUGUAGUACAUGGAGUAAAGGUCCGAAAUAUAUCGAUAUCAAUUAAUAAAAGUUAAGGAUUUAAAUAACACUAACACUCUUGAUGUACUAAACGUCAAACUAAUUUGCUAAUUAAUAUUUUUGUCAAACGCUCCGUUUGUAAGGGAUUUAUUAUAGUGACGUCAUUAAACAGUUGAAAUAUAGACUGUCAUGGCCGACAGGCGUUUUGGCUCGUAUUGUCAUAAGCAUGUUUAAUAACCAAAAUUUUCAUGUCAUGUUUUUCAAAAAUAAAUUUCAAUCUAGCAGAACGUUAAUGAACAAUUUAAGACCAUUGACCAAAAAAACAUAUACAGCCGAACGUAGAACCUCCUUUUUGGAAAUCGGUUAAAAAGUGUCAACUAACCUAUUGAGACGAUAGGUAACUCCUUUGCCUGUGUUCCAAAUUUAAAUUCUGUUUUUAACAAUCAUAUUAAGACUAUUUCUUUGUACAUGGUUGUAUUCCAAGUUUAAAUUCUGUUUUUAACAAUCAUAUUAAAACUACUUUUUUGUAUAUGGUUGUGUUCCAAAUUUAAAUUCUGUUUUUAACAAUCAUAUUAAGACUACUUCUUUGUAUAUGGUUGUGUUCCAAAUUUAAAUUCUGUUUUUAACAAUCAUUUUAAGACUACUUCUUUGUAUAUGGUUGUGUCCCAAAUUUAAAUUCUGUUUUUAACAAUCAUUUUAAGACUACUUCUUUGUAUGUGGUUGUGUUCCAAGUUUAAAUAAUAAUUUAUUCUAAUGAUUAUUUUAAAUAAAAUGUAGACUGCAGACUACACCUUAAGCCUUUGGUCGUGUUUCAAAUAUUUUAAUUGAAUGGAAGACCUAAUAAUGCUAAUAAUGUAACAAAGGUCGCUAUGGACCAAGUCACCUCUUUCUAAAUUCUGAUUGUAACUAACUGAAAAUCUUUUCUAAACUUUAUAUAGACAGACUGACACUCAAUAUUGUAUAGCUUCUUUAUUACUUGGCCUUAACCAUUUAUUACUGAAAUAAUAGUUCAAAGAUAGAACAAUAUUAUGUAUAAAAUAAAAUAAAUAAUAUAAAUACAGUAUUACCACGAAUAUUAUAAGUGCACUUUGACCUAUUAGAUAUAUUUUAAAUUAAAGAGAAAAUAUAGAAUAUAUUAGUGUUACCUGAUGUGUAUAGCAACGUCCUUUAUCUUAGUAGCAUUGCCAACGCCACUGGUCUUCGUGGUAGCACUGUUCUGGGGAACACCGAAAAUGUUCAAUUUUUCCACAUUGUUAAACUUGACUAAAUGUGUCACACCAAAAUUAAUACUUCGGCCGAAUAAUUAAAAAAAUAAAUCUAAUGUAUUGUUAAAUACUCAGUUUUGUUGAUGUUUUUGGACGACUUUAGCCUAAAACAACAAUAUAAAUUUUCGGGAGUAUUCACACCUGAUAUAAUGUCAGUUGGAAGAUUACUUCGGUGUCUAACAGAUCCCGCAAACAUUAAAUUGUAGAAUAUACAAGUGUGACAUACACCUGCCCGCACAUCUCCGACGAUAUAAUUUAACUAAUUAACAAAAUUUCGAUUACGUACAAUGAAAUUAUAAAAUUUUGCAAUUUAGUUGUCCGAUAGUCGACCAACGUAUGUCUGCGGGAUCUCUAAGGCCGCUAUCGCGUUGGCAAGUAACAUUUGUUGGCAUUUCUCCGAUGUCCAGGAUGUGCGUAUACGACUUAAGGUCCGUUUAUAUCUACAGACAUUUAGCGUGAAAAACACAUGACGUGGCCAGACAUAUAAACGGACCUUUAAACGUCGCGUUCCUAACUGCAAAGUUGAAGCCGUUGAACACUACUGUUCUUUACCGACAGCGAAAAUUUCGUAAAAGAAAUGGAAAGUAUCAUCGAUAAUUUUAGGGAAAUUCUUUGUGUAUACCAUAAAGGAUUUUUACCAAAAUUGGAAACGGUCGCUUGACGCUGAAAGAUUCGCAUUUGUGUAGCCUUGUUGCUGGUCAAAUGUUCACCAAAUGAGGUAGCGGCCUCAGCAGAGUAAUUAUUAUUGAUAGUAAAAAACGUAAUUUCGUUGAAUUAACCAUGUUAGAUGAUAGCAAAAACUGUUCAAGAUAGGGCAAAGUUAUACCAGACUUAUCUGAAAUUACAGCACCUUAUACAAAAUUGAUGAAUAAAGCGCGCAAUGUCACUAUGAGUGCCUCCGAGAUUUCGUGACUUGAGUUUUUUAUUAAGAUAAAAGUUUAAAAGUUCAGUAUAAAGUCAUUAGUGUGCACGUAUUUGUGACUCGGAAAGACAACUAUGUAUUUUCGGCUUGAUGUUAAACAAAUUCAGUACGAUAAACAGGUGUGAAAGCUUCCUUGAUGUAUAUUUUAGUAUUGGAUGGUAAAAAAUUGUAAACAUUUAAACUUUAACAGCAUCUAAGUUUAUAUCUUACACUUUGUCUAGUUCUGAAAGUCUCUUUGGUUUUGCAUGUAGUGGUAAGGUGUACAUUGUCAGUCAUGGAUUAGCCUUUAUGCUAUUUAAGCAAUUAGAACAUCCUGUUUAAGGGGGCAUGAGAGACCGGGAAACAAAAACGAGCACACGAAUAUUUUGAAAAUCUGUGCGUUUUAAAUUGGUGUGACUGAAGGAAUGUUCAUUAAAAACGAACAUGCAGUUUAUAUACAUUAUACAUACAUAACAGUGACGAAUAUUUCUCUAUAUCUUGAGGUCCUAUUACAUGAACUUGUAUUGUAGAAGAAUUUUUCCAAUUUUAACCGACUUCCAAAAAGGAGGAGGUUCUGCGUUCGGCUGUAUGUAUGUUUUUUUUUAUAAUUUAAAUUUCUACGUGUAAAGCUUACCCUAGUUAAAAAAAUUGUGAACACCACUGCUACAUAAACUCCCUUGGUCUGUCAUCUUACCACUCUAUCCAAAACCUGCCCAAGGACUUCGCAGAAAAGAUUUGACUAUAUUUUGAUAGUACAAUUUCUCAAAAAAUUCAUUAUUUAUGUACUACAAACUUUUUAGUUAGUCAUUUUCGAAUUAAACAUUAUUUUUGUUGUUUAUUAAUAUAAAAAUCAUACCCACAACGAUUGCUGCUUGCUUUAUGUACGUUAUACGACUGCUUUCUUUAUAAACAUUUUGACUAUAUACAUACGAAUUUGCUAUUGUUUAAGAACUUGCCUUUCCUACAAGCGACUAUUUUUCUACUUGGUACUCGUAUGUAAGCCCCUUUUUGAUGACUGUUGAAUGCCUCGGAUUUUGUUUUUACUAAUACUUUAGACGAGCGGCAACUAUACUGACGACUGGAGUCGAUUGCAGUCGGCGACCGCCGUCGACCACCACCGUCGACCACCGCCGAGAGUCGCCUGCCGCCAAAACGUCGCCGACUGCCGUUGGCUGCCGCCGAGACAUCGCUGACUGCAGUCGUCGGUAGCAGCUGCCGCUCGUGUAAAUGAACACUUAGUCUCGAAGUCUAUAAACUAAUUAUUACGAAUAAACUAAGGUUAAGGAUAUUUCACCAACUUUGAAUCUGAAUCUAACAUUAAAUCCUUGUAAAAAAUAAAAACUGAAAUAUAAUAAGACAUGAAAACACUUUAAUUACCUAUAUGGACCCCUGUAGAACAUUCUUGAACACCUAUUUUUUUUUUAAUAAUGGUUUUGUUUUACAUUUUAAAUAUACCUCGUAAAUGUUUUAUUAAAUCCAGUAUUCUGUGUGCAUCAUUUACAUUAAACUUAUAGCGGCCUGUUUAAUUAUUUUAUUAUUUGAAUGCAAUGAAUUUGAAGAUUUAUAUUACUGUUGAAAACAUUUACAUUCUUUGUCACAUAGCAAAAGAUUAUAUUAAUGCUAAAAGAAAAUUAUUUGCUGUGUUAUGAAAUGUAUAAAUUAUACAGAAAUUUAUCAGACCUCUUUAGUUUCUUAAAAAUAUAUUUCUUUAUCAUAUAAGUUAUAAAAGAAAAACUUUUUAUAUAUAAAUAAAUAUAUAUAUAAAAAGUAUACGUAUACGAGUACGUACCUAUUGCGUGUUUGUAUAUAGAUUAUAAAAGUGGUCUCAUGGUUUUAUGUAUUAUUAAUAUAUUUUAAAACAUUACAUCAUCAUCAUUAAACCUUUGUUUAUUUUCUCCUAUUUAAAUUGUAGUCUGUCUUUAUGGUGAUUGCUUUUAUAUUUUAUGUGCUGUAUAAUAUUUGUUGCGGUUGCCAUUCCAAAAACCUUUGAAAAAGGUAUAUUCUUGUCAGUAGUUAUACUUAAUGAGUUAAAUUUAUACAAAAACCGUGUUACAAUUAAUUUUUAAUGUAAAUUUGAUUGAAAUAAAUAUAAUUUAAUUACAAAUUGU